AUGCCUUCCCCGGCCACCAUCGCCACCCUUCGGCGCCUCGAGAUAAUCGCCUUCCCGCCCGCCUUCAUCCUCCUCGUAGCCCACGGCAUCGCCUCCCAAUUCGCCUUCCCCGCUCUGGGACUCCUCCCUUUGGCCGCUUCAGGCAUUCUAGCAGCUUUCAUCCUUAACCGCGACGUCGUAGCCGCCAUCGGCUCCCCGAUCCAGUCACUCUCCGAGUCCAAUAUCUUCUGGGCCGACUGCCUUCUCGCCGUGUUACAUCUAUCCUUCCUCAUCCCGAGCUGGGCCCUCUUGGCCCGUGCCUGGCCCGACCCUGUCAUCGUGUUGGGGACUUACUGCACCGUCUUCAUGAUGUUUGACCUCGGCGUUCAUCUUUUCAUUGCUCUACCCCAGGCUGUUCAUAUUCUUAUCAGUCAGAGCUGCAGCUGCCCCCACUGCCGAUCCGUCGCCAAGGCCGGCUACUUCUCCUCAACCGUUUCCGAGUACACGCCUCUCAGCGACGCUGAUGAACCCGAGAUCGUUGCUCGCGAUCUUGAGGAGGGCGGAAACGCUCGUCUGUGA